GAAAAUUAAUCAUUUUCUUCUUUCCUUCCAAAUCCUCCCUAAUCGGAAGGAAAGAUAGGAAGAAAAGUGAUUCUUUUAUUUCUCUCCAUUUCCUUCCUUUAAUGAAACUUGAGAAUACCAAUUUCUUUCAUUUUCUUCUCAUUUCCACCCGUUUCCUUUCCUUUCUCUCGUUAAAUUGAAGUUGGGAACUGGAAACUGAGGAACAUUAAUCUAUUUUACUUUUCUCUCAUUUCCAUCAAUUUACUUUCUAAGUUGAACGAGAAGGGGUGUAACUUUUCAAAAAUCCAUAAACCAAUCAACCAAACGUCCCCCUUAAAUAGCCUCCCAGUCAUCUAUUGUCACUCGCGAGAAGACAAUAAAACCCUCAAAACACAAAGCAAAAGAGAUCCGAAAAUGGGAGUGGAGAAGGAAGUAGUCCGACCUGGAAACGGUCCGAAGCCCUCCCCCGGCCAAAAUGUCACCGUUCACUGUACUGGAUUCGGGAAAAACGGCGAUCUUUCUCAGAAAUUCUGGAGCACAAAAGAUCCAGGGCAGGAGCCAUUCACCUUCAAAAUUGGUCAAGGCCAAGUUAUUAAAGGUUGGGAUGAAGGUGUUUUGGGAAUGCAAUUGGGAGAAGUUGCUAGGCUAAGGUGUUCACCUGAUUAUGCUUAUGGUGCUGGUGGAUUUCCUGCAUGGGGCAUUCAGCCUAACUCAACUUUGGUUUUUGAGAUUGAAGUUCUUCGUGCACAGUUUUUAAAAGAAUAA